UUGUUGGAAAAGAUUUUGUUCACAUCAGUCAUCAGAUUCGCUUGCGGGACAGUUGAGAUUGAUUUUAUAUUUCAAAAGUGAUUUUUCUCUCUCAACAUACGUGUAUAUUGCUGUUUAGUCCAUCACGACCAAAUUUUGAACCGGCAUCGAAAUAAGAAAGUUACGACAAUAUGUUUGACGGGCUGCAAAUCAACGAGCUCACGCUGUAUUCAAUUCUAAUUUUCCUUUUUCUGGAAAAUCUAAUCAACUUGUACUUAACACGAAGACAGAUCUAUGUGUAUCGAACCAGUAAAGAAAUUCCGGAAGAACUUCGAGAUGUUAUGAAAAAGGAGACAUUCGAAAAAGCUAGACUGUAUGGAUUGGAUAAAGCAAAUUACGAAGUAUUGAAGCUGUUGAUAUGUGAUAUCGCCAUCGUUUCUAUUGAGUUGUAUUCCGGUUUUGUGGCAAUGGUAUGGGCUCGAGCGGUCGAGAUCACUGCAAAUCUUGGUCUAAAUCCGGACCAUGAAAUCAGCGUUAGCAUCGUAUUUCUGAUACUAAUCAAUAUCGUCGGAACGUUCAAGGAUCUACCUUUUAAGAUUUACGGGACAUUUGUUCUUGAGGAAAAGCAUGGCUUCAACAAGCAAACUCCGGGAUUCUUUGUUAAAGAUCAAAUUAAGUCUUUCCUAGUGGGUCAAGUUUUAUCUGUCCCAAUUGUAGCAGCGAUCGUUUAUAUUGUACAAAUUGGUGGUGAAUAUUUCUUUAUUUGGCUUUGGGCAUUCGUUGGAGUUGUUUCCCUGGUGCUGAUAAGCAUUUAUCCGGUUUACAUCGCUCCCCUGUUUGACAAAUUCAGACCACUUGAAGAUAGCGAGCUGAAAACGAGUAUUGAACAACUUGCAGCGUCACUUAAAUUUCCUCUUGGAAAACUGUUCGUCGUUGAAGGAUCAAAACGAUCUGCCCACAGUAACGCUUAUUUUACUGGAUUAUUCGGAGCUAAACGCAUCGUUCUUUUCGAUACUUUGCUUCUGAACAAAGGACUUCCGGAUGAUUCAACGUUAACCGAAGAAGAGAAAGGCAAAGGAUGCGAAAAUAAAGAAGUUCUCGCCGUACUCGCGCACGAGCUUGGCCACUGGAAGCUGGGACACAUCAGAAAGAACAUUAUAAUAAUGCAAAUCCAAAUGUUCCUUAUCUUUGUUGCCUUUUCGCAUCUUUUCAAGUACGCUCCACUGUACCAAGCAGUGGGUUUCCCCGAGAAUGUCCAACCAAUACUGAUUGGGUUUCUUGUGAUCAUGAUGUACGUUUUAGCGCCCUAUAACACACUGAUUUCCUUCGCAAUGACUAUGCUUUCGCGACGAUUUGAAUACCAAGCAGAUGAAUUCGCAAAUGGCCUCGGAUACUCAACGGAACUGGGCAAAGCUCUGAUUAAAUUGAAUAUUGACAACCUGGGCUUCCCAAUAUACGACUGGAUGUACUCUACGUGGAAUCAUUCGCACCCAACUUUGUUGCAACGAUUGGAUCGACUGAAGAGCACUCAAAAAAAAGACAAAUAGUUUCGUAGUGAAGCAGCAUAUGAAAAGAUCGAGAGAGUCUAGUCUGGUAAAUUAAAAAACAAUUUCAUAUGACACAAAUUCCAUUUUUUUAGAAUUGCCAGAAGCAGUUUACUUGUAGUUUUGUAGGCUAAGGCUAAGUUGCACAAUAAAGCAUCCUGUCGGAGAAGAAAAUUGAGUCUGUUCAA